UUAUCAUUUAAGUCUUAGGCAUGAGGGAGGGAGUGUGUGACUGUCUGUAUAUGACCGUAUAUGUAAGGUGGGGUCUUGGACUCCUCCCCUGUUCUGGGACCUCUUGUGCUGCUACACAUCUUCUCCCCAUUUCAGCCACUUGUUUCCACGAUCUUGUUCUUUUGGUCACUACCCAAAGCUCGUGACCAUAAGUGAGGGUAACGUAGAUCGAACAGUUAAUCGAGAGCUGAGCAAGAAGGCGAAGCUCUCUCUGCACCACGAUAGACCAGUACAACACCCGCAUCACUGCAGAUGCACCAAUCUGCCUAUCGAUCUCGCGCUCCAUCUUUCCCUCACUCGUGAACAAGACCCAGAGAUACUUAAACUCCUCCAAUUGGAGCAGGACUUCAUCUCUGACCUGGAGAAGAUAUUCUUUACUCGAUGUGUGUUCAUUUUUUAUCACCUUAAUCUAACAGCUGAAAUGUCUCUUCAGCCUUGAUUACAUUCACACCCAAAGAUGAUUUUACUUCACUCACUUUUAGGGAGUGUAGCCUUGGCCAGGAAGAGGUAAUGUCAUCAGGUGGUAUCGUCAUUGCUAUGUGCGCCUCCAGUCCAGCAGGUGGCGGUAGUGCACCUUUACGCUGGUCACCGACCACCGGAAGAAGCAGAAACCGGAAGCUGCUAGCAGAGCUAGCUUGUUGUUGUGGUGUGUGAGGAGAAGAUUUGAGGCUCCGCAGUAAAAACGUCUUCACUUCAGUCUCUGGGAGAGUUGAUCAGCUAAAGCGACUAACUGCUGCUGCUGCAGAAAUCUUCUCACCAGGCUGUGGAAACUUUCUUCUCCUCCUCAACAACUUGGUGGAGUUCUUUCCAGAAGCAGAGAAGAUAUUCUGCGGUCUUCGUGACAAUUGGAGCUCCAGGAUCAGGUUGUGGCUGUUAGCUAAACACGGCUAAAGAAAACCUGCUACCACUUCAGGAUCAUCCAUCAGCAUGGACACAGAUUUUCAACAGCUGGUGCUGGUUAAAGAAGAAGCUCCUGAGGAACAGAGUGCAGGUGUGGACCAGAAAGACCCAGAACACAUCCACAUAAAGGAAGAACAAGAAGAAAAGUGGACCAGCCUGGAGGGAGAGCAGCUCCAGUUGGAGGAGAAAACUGAUGCUGCCAGGUUUCCAUUCACAUUGGCUUCUAUAAAGAGUGAGGAUGAUGAAGAGAAACCUCUGUUCUCACAGCUUCAUCAGCAGCAAGUAGAAGUCAAAGAAAUUCCAAACAGCAGCUCAGCUCACCAGAUGACAGCAGAAACUGGUGGAAGAGCAGAAACUAGCAGGAACCAAGAUCUGAACCCUCAUGAACAGACAUCUGAUUCUUCAGAAACUGAAAUGAGUGGAGAUGAUGAAGAGGGUGAUGAUGUGAAUCUAGACUCUGAGCUGUCAGACUCUGGGUCUGAAACUGGAGAAGAAGACAGUGACUGGAAUGAAAGCAGGUCUUCUGAUUCACAUGUUAGGACUGUCAACAAGUCCUUUAGUUGCCCUGAGUGUGGUAAACAAUUUGUCCACAAGAGUUCUCUCCAGAAACAUGUCAGAGUGUCAGGUCAUUCAGCAAUAAGGUCUUCAAGCUGUUUGGUCAAAAAGAAAUGUGUUGGAGUGAAGCAACAUGUAGACUCAUGCAAGAGAGUCCAGAAAGAACUAAAAUCAUUUAGUUGUGAUGACUGUGGAGAAAGAUUUAGUGCAAUGUGUGAUUUAAAUGUUCACAUGAGAGUCCACACAGGAGAAAAAUCUUUUGCCUGCGAGACCUGUGGUCGAAGAUUUAGUCGAAAGCGAAAUUUAAACAGUCACGUAAGAGUCCACACAGGAGAACAACCUUUUGCCUGUAAGCUCUGUGAUAAAAGAUUUGGCUAUAAGACAGCUUUAAACAGGCACAUGAGGGUCCACACAGGAGAAAAACCUUUCGCCUGUGAGACCUGUGGUAAAAGAUUUCGUGAAAAGGCAACUUUAAACUAUCACGUGAGAGUCCACACAGGAGAAAAACCUUUUGCCUGUGAGCUCUGUGAUCAAAGAUUUGGUCACCAAAAAAGUUUAAACAAGCACAUGAGAGUCCACACAGGAGAAAAACCUUUUGCGUGUGAGCUCUGUGGUCGAAGAUUUAGCCAAAAGGGAAAUUUAAACAUUCACACGAGAGUCCACACAGGAGAAAAACCUUUUGCCUGUGAGACCUGUGGUCAAAGAUUUCGUGAAAAGGCAACUUUAAACAAGCACAUGAGAGUCCACACAGGAGAUAAACCUUUUGCCUGUGAGCUCUGUGAAAAAAGAUUUAGCAGUAAGACACAUUUAAACAGUCAUAUGAGAGUCCACACAGGAGAAAAACCUUUUGCCUGUGAGCUCUGUAGUAAAAAAUUUGCCCACAAGUUAAGUUUAAACAGUCACAUAAGAGUACAUACAGGACAGAAGCCUUUUGCUUGUGAGCUCUGUGGUCGAAGUUUUAGCCAAAAGGGAGCUUUAAACAGUCACAUGAGAGUCCACACAGGAGAAAAACCUUUUGCCUGUGAUCACUGUGAUCAAAAAUUUGGUCACCAAAAAAGUUUAAACAAUCACAUGAGAGUCCACACAGGAGAAAAACCUUUUGCCUGUGAGCUCUGUGGUCGAAUAUUUAGCGAGAAAUAUAGUUUAAACAGGCACAUGAGAUUCCACAGAGGAGAUAAACCUUUUGCCUGUGAGCUCUGUGGUCGAAGAUUUUGCGAGAAAAAAAAAUUAGGCAUUCACAUGAGAGUCCACACAGGAGAAAAACCUUUUGCCUGUGAGAUCUGUGGUCGAAGAUUUGCCUAUAAACAAGCCUUAGAUGGUCACAUGAAAGUCCACACAGGAGAAAAACCUUUUUCCUGUGAGCUCUGUGGUCAAACAUUUAAACAUAAGGCAACUUUAAACUAUCACGUGAGAGCCCACACAGGAGAAAAACCUUUUGCCUGUGGGCUCUGUGGUCAAAGAUUUGGCUAUAAGACAACUUUAAACUAUCACAUGAGAGACCACACAGGAGAAAAACCUUUUGCCUGUGGGCUCUGUGGUCAAAGAUUUGGCUAUAAGACAGCUUUAAACUAUCACAUGAGAGUCCACACAAGAGGAAAAACCUUUUUUCCUGUGAGACCUGUGGUCAAAGAUUGAAGCCUGGUUUAUGCUUCUCCGUCAGCUCCGCAAGGGACAGACACGCACGGAUUGAUGGAAGCGUUUUGCUCUCAUACUUCUCCGUCUCCUGUAGAGUGUUGCAAAGCAAUUGCCCGGCAGGACAACAGGGGGCGUAUCGCUGUUCUCUGGUAUCCUGUCAUGUAUCGGUCCAAGAUCGUGUUUAUAUUGUGUUUUUUGUGUAUAUAAGAGACUUUUAACACGGACAUAUUUUACUCUCAUUCUCCCACCGCUUCAUGCGCUCCCCACCUCUAAACCCACGUUUCCUGUGAUUUCCGUCCACAAAUAAAACGCUUGCUGCGCAUCUUUUCACUCCUCCAGUCACGGGAGGAUGAAACGAUCAUAUUUUUAGUUUUUUCGCGAGGUAUUCUUCAAGUUUCUCAGUGUCUGCCGCUAGUUAAACUCGGCUCUCUUUGCAAUGGCGGCGCUGUAAACAACAGUGGCGUCCUGACCAAUCACAAGCUUGCGUAAUCCGUCUCGUUCGACGGAUGUUUAAAAAAGUGGGCUCGACUCCGUACGUACUUGCGUGCCUGCCUGAGCCCUACGCAAGGACGGAUAAUGGCGUUGCGUGUGUCCGCACUGACGCAGACGGAGAAGCAUAAAUCAGGCUGUAGGGGCAAGACAGAGUUAAACUGUCACAUUAGAGUUCACACACGACAUAAUGAAUUCUUUUGAAAGUGUGAUUGACGGAAAAACAUCCGAUCUGUGAGAGCAGGGGAGUGGAAGAUAUAAUAUAUA